AUGGUUCCAAUCUUUUCUUUUGGAAGGCAACCUUUUCUAGUUCCAAAGCAUGGAGACAAUGUAAAAAAAGCUGAUCUCGAAAUAAGAAAUUUGGAACAUAAAUUGAAGGGGAAAGAAGUGUUUAGCUUUUCUGUUAAACCUAAAGCUGGCACUAGAGUUGUACCUCAAGUAAGCAAUACCCCGGGCUACCGUUGGACGAAUAAAGCUAGUGAUGGAUCUAAGCAAAUGUUGUCAAAAGCUCAGCCUGGGAUAUCAGUGAAGCCAACCAUGAAAACUAUCAUUGGUAUUCCCAAAACUCAAAAGGCAUCAAAUAUUUGCCAAAGGGAAGAAAUCUGCUUUGUCCAAGAAGGCGGGUGAAACUAAGUAAGUUUUGGUUCUGCAAUGGUAUUUCUUGUUGGUUUUUCGUUAAUGAUUGACCCGCAGUGCAGUUUUACCAUAGUCAUACUUU